AUGAAGGGGACCCCCAGUUCCCUGGAAACCCUGCUGUGGGUCUACCACUUCCACAGCUCCACGGAGGUGGCCCUCCAGCCCCCACUUCUGACUUCCCUGGAGCUCCUUGCGGCCGCAGCCCAUGAAUAUCUGGAGCAGAGGUUCAGAGAACUGAAGUCCUUGGAGCCUCGAGAGCCGGAGAACCCGCCUGCCCGGAAGCCCACCCUGGGGCUAGUGCUAAGAGAAGCCGCGGCCAGCGUAGUGAACUUCGGGGCCACCUUGUUAGAGAUCUCAGCCCUGUGGGUGCAGCAGGAGCUACGGCGACUAGACGGCGGCCCUGGUCCGGGCCCAGACGCUGGGGAUCCGGGUGGAGCCCUGGCCCGGGUAGCCCAGGCCGCGGGGCAGGGGGCUCUGCAAGUGGGGGCUGCAGCAGGCGCGAGCGCCCGGCUCCUGCUCCAGGGGGCCUGGCUCUGCCUGUGUGGACGAGGUCUACAGGGGUCCGCCUCAUUCCUGCAACAGUGGCAACGCCAGCUGGACCUCGGAACCCCUGGGGAACCGGUGAGUUCAAGAUGA